AAUUGCGAUCCACGACUCCCAGCUACACAGUUCCAGGUCAAGAAAGAGGGACCGAACAAGGGAAGAUGGUUUUACACAUGCCAGGAGUCGAAGGAAAACGGCUGCGGAUUCUUCCUCUGGAAGGAAAAUGCAGCUCCAAGGGAGAUGGGUGCAGUCAUGAGCAAUACUCGAUACGAACCAGACCAUCGCCAAACUACAACAGCAGAAGCAGCGAGAGAUAAGAGGACAGUGGAAGGGCAUGCGGCGACGAGCAACAAGUUCAUGACAGAUUUGGCGAAGGAGGAUGAGGACGAAUAUGGCAGCAGUUUUGAAUUGCCACCAGAGAUGGAGAAGGCAAUGGCAAAUGUUGCGGAGGAAGCAGGGAUGCGGUCCCCAGAAACACCUCGAAAGGCCAUCAAGACAAGUUAUGCAGCAACGCCGGGAAGCAAGAGGAAGCAUGAAAACGAUUCACUGCCAACACCUGUUACGGGAACCAGCAAAACGCUUGCUGCUUCCAAUAGUGCUUUGAACAACGACGAUGUCUUCGGCACUCCGUCGACCACGAUGAAAGGUGCAAAUGAUCGUUUCGGCUUCCGCAGCCCAUCGGCUACACCCAGCCACUUUUCUCUACAGCGAGAGGAGGAUACAGAAACAUCGGAGGAUCGUGGAGAAAGAGUACACAAAAGCUACGAUAUCACCGACGAGGUCAUGGAUCUGCUCAGAGAUCAACACAUCGAUGAGGAAACAACGACAAGCCUCAAGGAGCUACUGAACAAACAUGCGUUGAAGAUUUCUGGCAUUUCAAAAGGGCGAGAUAUCACACGAGUGGCUCUGAAAGCAAAAGAUGCGAAAAUCGCAGAGCUUCAGCAGAAGAUUGCUGCAAUGGAAUCGGAACGGGAGCUCGACAAGCGAAUCAUCCGCCAUUACAAGAGCGACAUGGCUCAAAGCGUUGAGAGGAGACGUGGUCGGGGGCGAGGAAGGACUUGA